AUGGGAAACUGGUCGUUCACCUACGACACAGACGCAAUCGCACCCCAUGUCUCCAGCCUCCCCAUGCCCCUCGACCUCGCAACCCCCGACGGCGCAGCCUACUACCGCAACCUCUCCGGCUUCUACAGGGGCCACUGGGCCGGCUCAAGCCUCGAUACACCCGCAUCGGCAGCAACGCAGCACAAGCACGAAACCGCAGCUUCACUCCUCGCCACCUCGCCCAACGCAUCCCAGGCCCUCAUCGACGACCGCGGCCACUUUGACUGGUUCGCGCCAAAGACAAGCAGAGGCCGACUCAACUUCAACCUCAACCAGGAGCACACCCUACCUGGCCUCGUCUCGGUCCUGCGCGGCAGCCUCAGCCUCGAGGCAUCGCCCUCGUCUUCCAGCCCUACCUUCAAAACCUCCGAGGUCGACUUUGACCUCCUCGGCCUGCACUUCCUCCCCACCGGCGCACUCUUCCUCCUCGCUUCGCCAGAGGAGCUCGACCGCCCCACCGACAUCCGCGACGUCCUCGCCAUGAUCCCCAAGCACGAGACUUCCAUCAACCUUACCGUCACCGCGCUCGAGGCCGACUUCGACCAGCGCAUCCAGCGCCUCCAGGACAUCAUCGACUCGGGCACGUACGAUGCAUCGUCCGGAUCCGACACCCCCUCGCCCGCAACCUCGCACAACUGCUCGCUCCACAUCUAUGCAAAGCUGCGCCCGGCCGGACGGCAGGAUCAGAUCGACCUCGUAGAGACCCUCGAGCUCGAGCACGAGCAUCCUACGGGCAUCUCGACCAUCUCGGCCGCGCCCCUCGCCCUCUCGGCCAUCGCCUACUCGCCCCAGUGCCAGCUGCUCCUCUCGAGCGACGACAUCGACGGCCUGACAAAGGUUCGCCUCUGGCGCAAGGCCGUCACCUACGCCCUCGUCUACUUUGCCGUCCUCGUCGUCCAGGCCCGCCUCCUGGUCCAGCAGAUGGAGGCCACCCGCACCCCCAGCGGCCUCGCAAAGGUCAGCUACCGUACAUGGGGCCUCCAGAGCAUGCUCGACGCCUACAUCGGCCUCGCCCACCUCAGCGUCGGCAUCGCACUCAACAACGACACCACCGUGCCCCUCCUCGCCUGCGCCUUUAUGAGUUGCAUGCUCUUUCUCGCGUUUGGCUAUCGGUACGCGCUCACCAUCUACCGCACACAGGCCCCGGCCGAAGAGGCUCUGGCUCCGGCCCCGGCUCCGGCUCCAACGCAGCAGGCACCUUCUGUUCCGACGGCUCCGGCCGGCGCCAGCGAAGCCGCACCGGCACCAGCAUCAGGCAGUCUUUCGCCGAACAUCGACCCAUCUCCGACAGCGGUGACCGGUGCAGCGACACAGGCGGCGCCCGCCACGAGCUCGGAUGACAUCGAGACGCGGCGCCGCAGCUUCUUCAUCUUCGGCUUCAUCGGCGUCCUGUUUCUGUCCAUCUUUUUCCCGCUCCUCUUUGCCGAGCUGCUGCUGCCGGUGCUCUACUCGUUCUGGAUCCCGCAGAUCCGGCGCAACAUGCGUCGGGGGACGCGGCGCGCCGUGUCGACGCGGUGCGUGGUGGGCACGACGGCGUGCCGGCUGGUGCUGCCGCUCUACCUGUUCGCGUGUCCGUCCAACGUGCUCUUUACGCGGCCCAACCGGCUCGUGUGGGUCCUGGUCGCCUACGUCGUCGGGCAGAUGGUGGUACUGCUCGGGCAGGACUGGUUCGGAGCGCACUGGUUCGUCCCGCUGCGGUGGAGACCAGACGGGUUGGAGAGCAAGUGGGACUGGCAUCCCGAUAUCGCGUCCAUCGAGCCGGUCGAGGUGGAGGGUGGGGGAGCGGGGACGAGUCUGGGCGACUGCGCCAUCUGCCUGCACCAGAUCGUUGCCGACGGCGGCGAGCGAGGGUCGUCGAGGAGGAGCGGUGCGAGGCGAAGACCAAAGGGAGGAGACGGUGCAAGGAGAGGCAAGCGAGGUGCUGGGGCGGGACACGCCUACUCUGCGCUCCCCGACGACGACGAGGAGGAGGAGGACGAGGACGAGGACGAGGAGAGUCUAUCGGAUCUAGAAGGUGGCGUUAGCAACGCCUUAUCGUCGUCGUCGUCGUCGUCCUCGACGUAUCCACCGGAAAAGAUGGAUCUGGCGACGUCGGGAAGAACAUCAAGACGACCCGUACGACGACGACGACAACGUUGGUGGGCUGACGGCGGCGGCGGCGGUGGUUUAUCCGCCCUGCUGGGUCGGGUGAUACGCAACGGUCUGGAAAGGAUGGGCGGAACGACGUUGAUGGGACGCAGAAAGAGGCGCGAAGUCAUGGUCGCACCCUGCAAGCACAUUUUCCAUACGCCCUGCCUCGAACGCUGGCUCACUAUCAAGACGGAAUGCCCCAGUUGCCGUCGUCCCCUGCCCCCCGUGUAG